CUUGUAAAGAUAACGGGUUUCGGUGCGACAUUUCUCGGUGUAUUCCUUCUACCUGGAAGUGUGACGGUUACAUUGAUUGCAGAGAUGGGAAAGAUGAAAAAGAUUGUUUUGGCAUGCAUGGCAAUUGGUGCCGCCAAGAUGAGCUUCACUGUGGAAGUGGCAAAUGCAUCAGCAAAGACAGUAUUUGUGAUGGAAAGAACUGAAUGCAUAGUAAUUGGCUGGGGAAAAAAGAUCCACGACGACUACGCUGACUACCAGUCAGCCAUAAAUGAAGUGCAAGUGCCUGUCGUCUCUCACAGCAAAUGCAUUAAAUGGUACUCGAAGCAGCUGCCCUUUCACCCAAUUCCGAAAACUCAAUUGUGUGCGGGUUAUGAAAACGGCAAGAAGGAUGCUUGUCAAGGUGACAGUGGAGGUCCAUUGCUGUGCUACAAUGAUGAUCAGAGUUGGUUUGUUGCUGGAGUUGUCAGUUGGGGUAUCAAUUGCGCCCAACCUCAGUUGCCGGGCAUAUACACCAAUGUGCCCAAGUAUCUUGAGUGGAUCAAGCUGACCACAUAUGAGCACCAUCGCCCAAUCUCACAAGUGAACGUCGAUUUAGACUACCAAAUUCCCUAG